AGACGUUUGUUUUGUCACUCCCUACAAGUUAGCUCGAAAUCCAUACUCGGGUUUUCUCCGCACUAUUUUUGCCGGUGUCCAGAUUUGCGAACGCAGUAUACCUGGAAAUAAAGACAACAGUAGACAUGAACACUGACACAGAUCGCCGACAAAACGACCAUGGCGUUGGCAAUGGUGAUGAUGAUUCAACAAAAGCUGCCCCGACCUCCCAGAUUCCUGGACUGUCUGACGAUGCUAACAAUGGUCCUGAGGAGAGGACUAAAGGACGCCGUACGGGAGUUAAUGAGUCCGAUUCUGCGUAUACUAAACUGGCUAAACAAGGAGGACAGAGGGGUUUAUUGUGGCACGAGGAGACCAAUUUGGACACCAAACCUAAUUCUGCAUCAUCUUACAAAGCUCCAAACUGGUUCUCUGGAUCUCCAAAAGCUCCAGAGCAAGCAAGCCCAACUGAGAGCUUUCAAAACUACAUGUCAACUAAUGCUCCCUUUGGGAGUGAUAAUAAGUCAACUUGGGAAAGGGACUUUGAUGACAAAGAGAAGAUCUCUCCCAACAGCCAGAUGGAGAACUUGUCCUUAGCAUCAGGAAAGAAUGAAGAUGCAGCAGGCAAUUUCAAGAAAACGUGAGUGACCCCAUUGAAAUAUUUACACCAUAUAUCCACAAGAUGGCAAUGUUAUACUUUUUCAUUCACAGCACAGCAGAGUGCAGCUCCAGACAGCUUGGGCAACUUUACAAUAUGUAACUCUUUGUUAUAGGCUCAAAGAUUCAGUCAUACAUACAUACAUACAUACAUACAUACAUACAUAUAUACUAUAUAUAUAUAUACUGUACAAAAAUAUAAAUGCUACAAUUUAAACGAUUUUAAUGAGUUACAGUUCAUUUAAGGAAAUCAGUCAAUUGAAAUAAAUUCAUUAGGCCCUAAUCUAUGGAUUUCACAUGACUGGGCAGGGGUGCAACCAUGGGUGGGCCUGGGAGGGCAUAGGCCUACCCACUGUGGAGCCAGGCUCAGCCAAUCAGAAUGAGUUUUCCCCCACAAAAGGACUUUAUUACAGACAGAAAUGCUCCUCAGUUUCAUCAGCUGUCUGGGUGGCUGGUCUCAGAUGAUCCCGCAGUUGAAGAAACCGGAUGUGGGGGUCCUGGGCUGGCGUGGUUACACGUGGUCUGUAGUUGUGAGGCCGGUUGGACGUACUGCCAAAUUCUCUAAAAUGACUUUGGAGGUGGCUUAUGGUAGAGAAAUUAACAUUAAAUUCUCUGGCAACAGCUAUGGUGGACAUUCCUGCAGUCAGCAUGCCAAUUGCACACUCCUUCAAAACUUGAGAUGUGUGGCAUUGUGUUGUUAUGACAAAACUGCACAUUUUAGAGUAGCCUUUUAUUGUUCCCAGUAAAAAGGUGCACCUGUGUAAUGAUUAUACUGUUUAAUCAGCUUCUUGAUAUGCCACCUGUCUGGUGGAAGGAUUAUUUUGGCAAAGGAGAAAUGUUCACAAACAGGGAUGGUCUGCAAAUUUGUGCACAAAAUUUGAGAGAGAAAAGCUUUUUGUGUGUAUGGAAAAUGUAUGUGAUCUUUUAUUUCAGCUCAUGAAACAUGGGACCAACACUAUACAUGUUUGCGUUUAUAUUUUUGUUCAGUAUAUUUACAUUCAAAUAGUUCAUGUCAAAUAGAAAUGGAGGUCAAACACACAUGACUUCAGUAUGUAAUUCCUAUUGAUUGUUAAUGAUAUGGGAUUCUUUGUACUGUAAGAAUACAAAUAAUUAUAAACUACUGUUUUGUAAUGUGAAGGAAAAAAAACUGGUAACAGCAUUUCUGUAUUCACACAGGAUGAACAUAGUUUGUUUCUAACUUUGAAAAAUGUAAGUCUCGUCUAAGCUGCUUAUCGCCCCAAAAUAGCCCCAAAAUAAUGUACUCAAUUACUGCACACAUUAUGAUAGAACUAUGCAAACAAAUGUUGGAUUAGUUUUUCUUACAUAAAAUGGCUAUAAAUAUACAAAUAGUAAAUCCAUUUGAUAAUUAUUUUUUUUAGAUAUGGAAACACUGUGUGACAUCGGUAACUACAAAAAUCAUAAAUGUUGGUUUCAAUUAUAAAUUAGGUAUUUGAAUUAUAAUUAUUGUUUUUGUUCAUUCACUCUCUGAAAUUGUUUUCUUGAAAAAAUAAUUCACUCUGGCCAUAUUUUUAUUAAUGAUAUUGUACAUUUAUUAAAGCAGUAUUGUACUGUAUUAUCCAUGCAUAUAUAAAAACAUUGUUUGGCCAUAUUUUAUCUUUACAAAAAAAUACGUUAAAAUCAUAUGAAUCAUGCCAAUAUUACUUAUUAAAAAUGACAGAAAAUGUCAUUUUCACUGUCUUUUGCCUAUGACUUCCAGGGCCCUCCCACUUGUUUCCAUUUGGCAACAAAUGCAUUUGAUCCGUUUCCAAAGAACAAAUACUUGGAAAAUUAGAUUUAAUGUUUAUCACCCGAGAUUGAGUUUCCAUUUUAUGAUUGAAGGAGGUGUACACACACAGUUUUAUGAGAACAAUUUGUGGGGCAUUUCAGUAGCAGCUAACGAUUUCUGCCUUCGCGGCUAGUUCAAACUCUGACAUUUCCGACUUGCUACCUAGGUGUAGUUCUACAAGUGCUGCGUUCAACCAGUCAGAAAUGUCAGAGUUUCCUUAUUCCCACUAGCAUGUGAUCGGGAGAGGAGUUGCAUGUCAUGUGACUUCACCAAAGGACAUCAUUGGCUAGUGUAAGCCCCCCCCCUAUUUGUCAAGUUCAAUGGUGUUUGUAUUUCUUCAUUCAUGGAAGCAAGUGGAUGAAGAGAAAUGGUAUGUUGCCACAUGGCAACAUUUUAUGCAUUAAAUGUGAAAAGUAGAUUGCAAUGUGAAAAGUAGGGUCAUUUACCAAGCACAACAGUUUAUGAGUGUUAAUUAAAGCUACACUCUUGGUGUAUUUGUGUUUCAGCCCAGCAGCCCCGCUACCAAUUGAUGGGGCUGAAGAAAUAUCUCAGAAAUCUCAGAAUUCGACCCCUGUCAACAUGUCUACGCUCUUGAGCUUUGGCUAUUUAGAGGACCAGAAAGGGGCACCAAAUACGCAUUCAUCAAGUUCCAAGGAGUAGAAAGGAGCAAAGGCAGUGACGCACGACUGACUCCAUAAAUGUUCUCCUCCACAACGUUCCUUCACCAGGAAGUCAGAGUUAAGGCCCUCUUGUCAUGCUACAUGUUUAUGCUUGUCCCAAGAAGUAUACACAACUGCAAAACUUGAUUCUGUUAGAUUGCCCUCACGGACCCGCUCUGUUCUGUGCCUGAAGUUGCUAAUGAACUGCAUUUUCACUGUAACACUAAUAACAGCUAAUGUACUAGCCUGAGCUAUGCUCUUGUUUGUCUGUUGUAGUUUGGGGAAUGAUAGUUUACUUUUUAAAAGGUGUCUAUGGCUUAGAAGGGCUCCUCUAAAAAUGCCUGCUGUUUUUGUCUUUUUUUUGUGCCUCGUUAUGGUUGCUAUAAAGAUUUGUUUUAAAGAAAAUAAAUGUGUUGUGCAUGGAAACA